AUGUCCGACCCCCAGUCCUGGCUGCUGGCCCCAGGCACUGACCCCCAUGGCACCCGCUGGCCCCUCACACCAACCCCAGCUGCAUGCUCCGACCCCCAGUCCUGGCUGCUGGCCCCAGGCACUGACCCCCAUGGCACCCGCUGGCCCCAGACACCAACCCCAGCUGCAUGCUCUGACCCCCAGUCCUGGCUGCAGGCCCCAGGCUCCGACCCCCAUGGCACCCGCUGGCCCCGGACACCAACCCCAGCUGCAUGCUCUGACCCCCAGUCCUGGCUGCUGGCCCCAGGCACUGACCCCCAUGGCACCCGCUGGCCCCUCACACCAACCCCAGCUGCAUGCUCUGACCCCAAGUCCUGGCUGCUGGCCCCAGGCACUGACCCGCAUGGCACCCGCUGGCCCCGGACACCAACCCCAGCUGCAUGCUCCGACCCCAAGUCCUGGCUGCUGGCCCCAGGCACUGACCCGCAUGGCACCCGCUGGCCCCGGACACCAACCCCAGCUGCAUGCUCCGACCCCCAGUCCUGGCUGCUGGCCCCAGGCUCCGACCCCCAUGGCACCCGCUGGCCCCGGACACCAACCCCAGCUGCAUGCUCCGACCCCCAGUCCUGGCUGCUGGCCCCAGGCACUGACCCCCAUGGCACCCGCUGGCCCCGGACACCAACCCCAGCUGCAUGCUCCGACCCCCAGUCCUGGCUGCUGGCCCCAGGCACUGACCCCCAUGGCACCCGCUGGCCCCGGACACCAACCCCAGCUGCAUGCUCCGACCCCCAGUCCUGGCUGCUGGCCCCAGGCUCCGACCCCCAUGGCACCCGCUGGCCCCGGACACCAACCCCAGCUGCAUGCUCCGACCCCCAGUCCAGGCUGCUGGCCCCAGGCACUGACCCCCAUGGCACCCGCUGGCCCCGGACACCAACCCCAGCUGCAUGCUCCGACCCCCAGUCCUGGCUGCUGGCCCCAGGCACUGACCCCCAUGGCACCCGCUGGCCCCAGACACCAACCCCAGCUGCAUGCUCCGACCCCCAGUCCUGGCUGCUGGCCCCAGGCUCCAACCCCCAUGGCACCCGCUGGCCCCGGACACCAACCCCAGCCGCAUGCUGCGACCCCCAGUCCUGGCUGCUGGCCCCAGGCCCCGACCUCCAGCCUUGGGUGUGCAGCAGCAGGCAUUGGCCCCAGGAUCCGAUCCCCGGGCACGUGGCAGCAGCCGCCGAUCCCCGGCCCCGGGUGUGCGCCGAUCCCCGGGCCCGGGUGUGCGCCGAUCCCCGAGAGUGCAGCAGCAGGUGCUGGGUUCAGCUCCAUGGCAGUGGGCAUUGA